UAUGUAUACCAAAUGAAUUGAAAGUAUCCAAUCAAGAGAAAAGAAAGAAAAAUCGCGUGGUUCCCGCCACAUUAUGAAAAUCUCUCUAACUAAACUAACUAACUAAGCAGUCCACUUCUCCUAAAAUCUUUCUUUCUCAUCACUACCAUCCAUCUCUUCUUCCAAAAUGUUUCACACCUUCAUCUCCCUCACUUUCUCUCUCUACCUUCUCCUCUCUCUCCUCCCAACAACAACCACCACCACCACCACCCUCCCCUCCAUUGGCGUCACAUACUCCACGUCCCGCCAAACCUCACCAUCACCACCACCACCCUCACAACCACCACCGUCACCAUCAUCACCAGACCGCAUAACCACCGCCAUGGAAAAUCUCAAACUCACCACUCUCCGUCUCGAAGAACCCGACCCAUCCAUCAUCCGAAGCCUCCUCUACACCAAUAUCUCCAUCUUUCUCACCAUCCCAAACUACAUGGUCACACCAAUCGCCAAUAACCGCUCUAUUGCACGUGCCUGGAUCUACACUCACGUGCUUCCUUUCUACCCACGCGCCAAAAUCACAACAAUCUCAGUCGGCAAUGCCUUCCUCGACGUUUACCCCGAAUCCAUCAACAACCUCCUCCCUGCAAUCUCCAACGUACACGUGUCACUCCGCGAUCUCGGGAUCCGUAAAAUCUCCGUUUCGACUUCCUUCUCUUUCGUAACUGCCAUUUCUUCUCCGUUUCCUCCGUCUUCCGCUCAGUUUCAAGAACCUCCCGGCGUUAACCUAAUGGGACCGUUGCUUCAAUUCUUGACCGACACGAAUUCUUCCUUCUUGAUUAAUCUUUACCCUUACAAUCUUUACCGUUUACGGCCGGAGAUUCCUCUCGGAAUUGCGCUUUUUCAAGAACAUCCGUUUAAUUUCCGCGACGAUUUCACGACCGGCGUUCGUUACCGGAAUUUGUUUGAUAUUAUGGUUGACGCGGUCGUUAGCGCGAUGGCGUUAGCGGGUUACGAAACGAUUCCGGUAGUGGUUACUGAAACGGGAUGGCCUAGUUCGGGGAAUGAGCUUGAUGCGAAUUCUGGAUAUGCGGAGAUUUAUCUGAGGGGAUUGGUGAAGCAUCUUAUGUCCGGUGCCGGAACGCCAUUGUUGAAAGAUGGAGUUCGAGGUGUUUAUCUUUACGAGCUUUUUGAUAAGGAAGGAAACGGGAGAAAUUGGGGGGUUUUGUACCCUAACGGUAGUGCAAAGUAUAGAAUCGAUUUCUCUGGAGAAUCGCGUUCUUGUGUGAUGAAUUGGAUUAACGUGGGGUUUCUGAUUUUGCUCGUUGUAAAGGUGUGUUGCAUGGUUUAUUAGUUUUUUUUUUUUAAUUUUUGUAUUAAUGUUGUUUUGGUUUUAGGAUUUAGUCCAGGAAGGCGUAGAGACUGAUAUGAUGUUAAUGAUUUUAGGUUAAGUGAUUAGUUAAUUAGAGUUUGAGUUUGUAAUUAGGAUGAUGUAUGAAGCUAAAUGAAAAAGAAACAAAUUGUUGUGUAGAGAACUUUUGUGAAUUGUAUUUGAGUCGAUGUGUUAAUGAAGCAUGAAUACGAUUCUUUUGUUG